UAUAUAUAUAUAUAUUAUAUGGUUGAAAAUAAAAAAUGUUUAAUUUAUCUGAAUUUUAUUUCAACUAAACCAAAAUUUAAUUUAAAAUAUUGUAAGAAAAUAAUAAAAUUUAUAAUAAUAAUAUAAUUUUAUUUUUAUAUAUAAUUUACAUUUAAAAUUUUUAAAAAAUUUUGUUGCUCAUUGUGCAGGAAAACACCUAGUUGACAAUAUUUACAUCGUUACACUUGAAAUAAUAUUUGAAAUUUAAACAAUUUAUUUUUCGUUUUACUUACCAAAUUGAGUUUAGAAAAGUCAAUAAUAUUCUGAUGGGUCAAUAAAACAACAAAGAGAAAGCAAAAGCUACAGAGUUUUGAGUUAAAAGCUCUACAAGACAUCUCGAUGAGCUUCCUCUCUCAAGACUUCAAGAAGACAUUGACUUCUUGUCUCUAAACAGUUGACUUUUAGAAGAAAGGAAGAUCGGGAGAUGGAGGCUGCCGUUCUAUCGAAGCGGCAUAGGCUCAAGUAUGACGUCUUCCUCAGUUUCAGAGGCAAAGACACGCGUGCUGACUUCGCAGAGCGUCUCUACACGGAGAUAAAGAGAGAGGUCAAGAUCUUCCGCGACAACGAAGGUAUGGAACGAGGGGAAGAGAUCAAUGCAAGCCUCAUCGCAGGCAUGGAGGACUCGGCGGCCUCCCUCGUCCUCUUCUCCCCUCACUACGCUGACUCCCGCUGGUGCCUAGAUGAGUUAGCUACGCUCUGUGAUCUGAGUUCAUCUCUCGAUCGUCCCAUGAUACCCAUCUUUUACAAGGUAGAUCCCUCCCAUGUACGCAAGCAGAGCGGUGAUUUCGUGAAGCAUUUUGAAGCACACGCCGAAAGAUUUAGCAAGGAAAGGAUACAGCCAUGGAGAGAAGCUAUGAAACUAGUUGGACAUCUCCCUGGCUUUAUUUACAGAGAAGGAGAAAAUGAGGAUGCGCUGAUAAGGCUAGUGGUGAAGAGGGUUUUAGCUGAGAAGAACAAUACACCAGAGAAAGUUGGAGAGUACACCGUUGGCUUGGAGUCACGUGUUGAUGAUUUGAUGAAUCUGGUCAACGUUAAAUCUAGUUGUGACGUUCAAAUCCUGGGGCUUUACGGUAUGGGCGGUAUUGGGAAGACGACCCUUGCAAAAGCCUUGUACAAAAAGAUGGUAGAAUACUUCAAGGAGCAACGAGUUUUCAUCUCAAACGUUAGAGAAAGAUCAUCAGGAAAAGAUGGCUUACUCAAUCUAGAAAAGACUUUGAUAACUGAACUGUUUGAUUCGCCACCUGAAAUAGAAGAUGUUGACCAAGGCCGAGACAAGAUAAGAGAAAGUGUUCAUGAGAAGAAGAUUCUUGUGGUUUUAGAUGAUGUUGAUAACGUAGACCAGGUUAAUGCGUUGGUUGGUGAGAGAAGUUGGUAUGGUGAAGGAAGUCUUAUAGUCAUCACUACCAGAGACGAAGAUAUUCUGAAUAGUCUCUCUGUGAGCCUAAAGUAUGAGGUCAACUGCUUGAGUGAAGAGCAAGCAGUGAAGCUGUUUAGUUAUCAUUCACUACGAAAGGAAAAACCAACAGGGAGUCUAUUGAAGUUAUCUGAGAAUAUCGUCAAGAUAACUGGAUUGUUGCCACUAGCUGUUGAAGUGUUUGGUUCUCUUUUUUAUGACAAAAAGGAAAAGGAAUGGCAAGUUCAGGUAAAGAAGCUGGAAAAUACUAAACCCAACGGUCUUCGGGACGUUCUGAAGGUGAGUUUUGACUCUUUAGACGAUGAAGAGAAGAAAGUCUUCCUGGACAUUGCGUGUCUCUUUCUUAAAAUGGACAUGACUAAAGAGGAAAUUGUCGACGUACUGAAAGGUUGUGGGUUCAACGCUGAGGCUGUUCUCAAAGCUCUUAGACAGAAGUCUCUUGUCAAGUUCUUGGCCGACAAUACUCUUUGGAUGCAUGAUCAGAUUAAAGACAUGGGAAUGCAGAUGGUCGUUAAAGAAAGCCCAGAGGAUCCGGGAAAGCGAAGUAGACUCUGGGAUCGUGGUGAAAUCAUGAACAAUAUGAAGGGAACAACAUCCAUCAGAGGAAUUGUAUUAGACUUCAAGAAGAAGUCUAUGAGACUAGAUGACAAUCCAGGCACCAGCUCUGUGUGUAGUUACCUGAAGAAUAUAUUAAAGCCUACACGUACUGAAAACACCAUUCCCGUGGAGCAUUUUGUACCAAUGAAGAAGCUGAGACUUCUUCAGAUCAAUCAUGUGGAACUGCAAGGAAAUCUUGAACUCCUUCCAUCUGACCUGAAGUGGAUACAGUGGAGAGGCUGUCCAUUAAAAGAUGUUCCAGCGAGUUUUCUUUCUAGGCAACUCGCUGUUCUUGAUCUUUCAGAGAGUGGUAUAAGAGGAUUCCAGAGUUCUCAGCUAAAAAUAGUGGGUUUGCAGGUGGAGGGGAACUUGAGGGUUGUAAAUUUGCGUGGUUGUGAUAGCUUAGAAGCCAUUCCUGAUUUAUCAAACCAUAAGUCCUUAGAGAAGCUUGUUUUCGAGGGAUGCAAGCUUCUGGUGGAGGUUCCUAGCUCAGUUGGUAAUUUGAGAUCAUUACUUCACCUGGAUUUAAGAAACUGUCCAAACCUCACUGAGUUUCUUGUGGAUGUUUCUGGACUGAAGAGUCUUGAAAAGCUUUACCUCUCUGGCUGUUCAAGUCUGAGUGUGUUACCAGAAAACAUCGGUUACAUGCUGUGUUUGAAAGAGCUUCUUCUUGAUGAAACUGCGAUAAAGAACCUACCGGGAUCAAUUUUUCGCCUCGAAAAACUUCAAAAGCUUAGCUUAAAGAGUUGCAGAUCUAUUCACGAGCUUCCUGAGUGCAUAGGAACAUUGACAUCACUGGAAGAGCUAGAUCUGAGUAGCACUUCACUGCAAAGUCUUCCGAGUUCUAUUGGAAAUUUAAAAAAUCUCCAGAAGCUGCAUGUGAUGCACUGUGCAUCCCUUUCUAAGAUACCUGACACUAUCAAUAAACUCGCAUCAUUACAAGAGCUGAUCAUCGAUGGAAGUGCGGUGGAGGAGCUACCUCUAAGUCUAAAACCUGGAUCCCUUUCUAAGAUACCUGACACUAUCAAUAAACUCGCAUCAUUACAAGAGCUGAUCAUCGAUGGAAGUGCGGUGGAGGAGCUACCUCUAAGUCUAAAACCUGGAUCACUGCCAUGUUUGGCUAAAUUUUCAGCAGGAGGAUGCAAAUCGCUGAAACAGGUUCCUAGUUCAGUUGGGUGGUUAAACUCUCUUCUCCAACUUAAGUUGGAUAGUACACCGAUUACAACUCUACCAGAAGAGAUAAGUCAGUUGCGCUUUAUUCAGAAAGUUGAGUUAAGGAACUGCUUAUCAUUGAAAUCUCUGCCUAAUAAGAUUGGAGAUAUGGACACACUCCAUAGCUUAUACCUUGAAGGCUCUAACAUUGAAGAACUGCCUGAAAAUUUUGGAAAUCUGGAGAACCUAGUAUUACUCCAAAUGAACAAGUGUAAGAAUCUCAAGAAGCUUCCUAACUCAUUUGGAGGCUUGAAAUCUCUUUGCCAUCUGUACAUGGAGGAAACUCUGGUCAUGGAGUUGCCUGGAAGUUUUGGAAACCUCUCAAACUUAAGGGUUUUGAACCUGGGGAAUAAUAAGUUUCACAGUCUUCCUUCUAGCCUCAAGGGGUUAUCAAGUCUCAAAGAACUUUCAUUGUGUGACUGCCAAGAGCUCACGUGUCUUCCCUCUCUUCCAUGUAACUUGGAGAAGCUAAACCUGGCAAACUGCUGCUCAUUGGAGAGUAUAUCCGACCUUUCAGAGCUGACGAUGUUGCACGAGCUCAAUCUCACCAACUGUGGGAUAGUGGAUGAUAUUCCAGGCCUAGAGCACUUGACGGCGCUGAAACGGUUAGACAUGAGCGGAUGUAAUUUCCAAGUGCACCGUUGAAGUAAAUAAAGUGCACCUUUCAUAGUUGGAGACAUGGUGUUUUGUAUAUAUUCCUUUUUCUCUUUAGUUUCCUGUUCUGAAGCUUUUUUGCUUCUUUUAACUUCACCCACUGUAAGAUGUUUAUCUGUUUCUUUACCUCUGCCUUUUAUAAUCAAUAAGUAAAAGUAACAAAAAAGAGGAGAUUCUUGAUUUGUGAAA